AUGCAGUGGCCAGGGGGGGGGGUUGUUUUGGCGGUGUCUCUCGACAUCGCCAACGCCUUCAACUCCAAGCCCUGGAGCUGCAUUAGGGAGGCACUCCGGUAUCACCGGGUGCCGACCUAUCUCCGUCGUAUAGUCGGGGACUAUCUGACGGAUAGGGCCGUCAUCUACCCCGGUCGCAACGGUGAGUGGAACCGGCGAGAGAUGUCGUGCGUUGUCCCACAAGGUUCAGUUCUAGGGCCGCCCCUGUGGAACAUCGGUUACAACUGGGUGCUGCGCGCCGACCUCCCUACCGGCGUCAACGUAGUUUGCUACGCUGACGACACGCUGGUACUGGCACAGGGGGGGUCAUACGAGGCGGCAGCGGAAAAUAUGACACGCGGGGUUGCGAUAGUCGUUGAGAGGAUCCGGCAGCUGGGCCUUGAGGUGGCUCUGCACAAGUCCGAGGCCAUGCACUUCCAUGGUCCUCGGAACAGACCACCACCGGGAUCCUCAGCGAUGGUAGGAGGGGUAUCCAUCGGCGUCGAGUCGACGUUGAAGUACCUAGGACUCGUCCUCGACGGCCGAUGGAACUUCCUUGAGCACUUCCGACGUUUGGCUCCCAAACUGGAACGGACCGGGGCUGCCUUCAGGCGGCUCCUGCCGAACCUGGGGGGGCCAAACGCCUCCUGCCGGAGGCUCUACGCGGGGAUUGUGCGGUCCAUGGCCCUUUACGGGGCCCCGGUGUGGGCGCGUGGUUUGGCGCGGCUUGCCGUCCACCAACUGAACGCGCCCCAAAAGGUGGUUGCCGUAAGAAUGGCUCGCGGCUACCGCACGAUCUCCCGCGAGGCAGCGUGCCUCCUUGCCGGAUUGCCGCCAUGGGAUCUGGAGGCGAUAGUCCUCGUGCGUCUACACGAAUGGCGCGCGGAGGCACUAUGCCGGGGGGAAACCCCGCUGCCGCGGCAAGUUGUCGUGCAGCGGACAGACUUCCGGCAUGAUCUCAUGGCGACAUGGAGAGAGCGACUGUCGCAACCCCGUGCUGGGCACGCCACUAUAGCGGCGAUAAGACCCCUCUUUGAGGAGUGGCUUGAGAGACGCCACGGCGUCCUCACCUUCCGCCUGACGCAGGUCCUCACCGGACACGGUGUGUUCGGGAGGUUCCUGCACCGAAUCGGGCGGGAGGAAACGCCCGGGUGCUCCCACUGCGAGGAUCGACCGGAGGACACGGCGGAGCACACCGUGGAGGUGUGCCCUGCCUGGGCGGAGCACCGCCGUGUCCUCGUAGCGGCGAUAGGCGGCGGCGACCUCUCGCGUCCGGCCCUGAUCGAAGCCAUGGUCCGGAGCGAGACGGAAUGGGAUGCCGUCACCACCUUCUGCGAAGCAGUGAUGCUAGCGAAGGAGGUGGCGGAGCGGGAGAAGGAGAGAGCAGCAGCUUUCCUUCCCGGCCGCCGCGGGAGACGCCCCGGGCGUCGGGGGCUACGUCGUGGCCCCCGGUCACCGUAG